GCUUGAAGUUCAACAACCUUCAAUGGCUUCUCUGCAAGUUUCGAAUUACAGAACUUUCGACCAAUCGGCAAAUCUCAGAAUCUUUUCUUCGUUUGAUAAAACUGUGAGUUGCUCUUCUUUUUGGGGCAAAGAAUUGUGUUUGAUCGACGGAGGUUUAUCGGUUGUUGGUUUUGGAGAGAAGCGACGUUUUAGUCGGAGAAUUUCUAGGGUUUUUGCAAUGUCUUCGACGUUCAAGAUGAAUCUGAAUGAGUAUAUGGUGACUCUUGAGAAACCACUUGGUAUUCGGUUCGCUCUCUCGGUCGAUGGCAAGAUCUUCGUUCAUGCUCUCAAGAAAGGGGGUAAUGCGGAGAAGUCAAGGAUUAUAAUGGUGGGUGACACAUUGAAGAAGGCGGGUGAAUCGUCUGGUGCAAAGCUUGUUGAGAUUAAGGACUUCGGUGAUACAGAGAAGAUGAUGGAAGUGAAAUCUGGAUCUUGUAGCCUUGUCCUUGAGAGACCCUUCUCUCCUUUUCCUAUUCAACAACUUCUUCUCAUGAGUGAUCUUGAUAUUUUAUUUAAUAGAGGUCGUGUUGCUGUCUCCAGUUGGAACAAAAAUAUAUUGGCCUCAAACUUGCAAACAUCUUCUGAGGGCAGCGGGAAUUCUGGGUUUGUGAUGUUCUCCUCAAAAUUUCUAACUUCCCGAGGAUGGAACUUCUUGAAUGACCAAAAUGGACAGGCUCAGUCGCAACUGUGGAAAAACACUCCUGCUGCACCAUUGAGCCAACUUGUGACCAUAUUUGCCGAGGAAGAAUCAGGAGAGGCUGAAUGGGCUCAUGGGAGUUUUCCAUUGGAGGAAUACAUUAAGGCAUUGGAUCGUUCUAAAGGGGAAUUAUAUUACAAUCACAGUCUUGGUACAAGGUAUAGUAAGGUAUGGCAUUUAGGUAAUUUAUGA